AGUAAAUUUCACCUUGUUAAGAUUCCAUGAUAUCCCUAUUUUUAAAGAACACUCCAAUGAUUUAGUGCAGUUGACUUUUAACCGUGAACUAUAUCGCAUUAAGUGGUCUACCUGGCCAGGACUAAUUUCAUAUUAAGUGCGAUAUUAAUUUUCGAAAAUGCGUUUUAUUGUCGAUUUUUUUAUCAUUGGUGCAUACCUAAUCACAACUACUUUACACGUGAGCGAAGGCAUAAGAUGGCUAUCAAUGCAGAACGCGAACAUUCAGUGGAUAAAACCAAAUCCAAUGAAACAAAAGAUAAUAACAUUGGGAACGCCAAAACUGGAUAUCAAAGCACCAUGUGCGUACGCAAGGAAACAUUUCGGUUUCACAAGAUUGCAAACGAAAAUUUGCAAAUCUCAUCUGGAAAUGUUUCCUUUUGUCGAAUCGGCGGCAUCAUUGGCAACCAAAACAUGCCAACAAUUACUCCAUAACAGAAGAUGGAAUUGUUCAACUGUUGAAACAGCUCCAACGUUUAAACCGGAUUUACUAAGAGCUACAAAAGAACAAGCUUUUGUAUACGCUUUAAGCUCAGCAGCUUUAGCUCAUCAGAUUGCGAAAGCUUGCGCAUCGGGGAGCAUACAAAUGUGCAGUUGUGGAAACAAACCCCGUGCAUCAUCACCGAAGGAAUUCCGUUGGGGCGGAUGUCCAGACAAUGUUAAACAGGGGGUGCGAUUUUCCAAAAGGUUCAUUGAAGCCGCCGAAAAGCUCGAAAAGAAGGACAAAAAGAAAAACUGGUACAAAUACUGGCUUGACGAGGGUAUCGAACUUACCAGGUGGAAUAAAGAAAUCUCCAGUAUUAAUAACCACAACAGUCGAGUUGGAAGAAAGGCAAUAGGUGGAACUCUUAAGGACGCCUGUAAAUGUCACGGAAUGUCUGGAUCAUGUACAUUAAAAACCUGUUGGAAAACUCUGCCGCCACUUGCCGAAAUUGGAAAUAAGCUGUUGACGUAUUACGAUAACGCCAAAGAAGUACCAUACGACAAAGAAACGAAUAAUGUUCAAGUUUCUAAAAUAACAUUUGCUAAAGGAAAUCAACUAAUAUAUUUAUCAAAAUCUCCGAACUAUUGCACUAGAAAUGAAAGCCUAGGGAGUUUGGGAACAGUUGGAAGAGAAUGCAACAGCACUUCUCAAGGGUUGGAUAGUUGCCACAAUAUGUGCUGCGGACGGGGGUACCGCACAAUCAGAGAGGAAAAAGAAGAACAAUGCUUUUGUAAAUAUUUUCAUUGCUGCUAUGUUAAAUGCAAAACGUGUCGAACAGUGAUAGAAAAACAAAUUUGUAAUUGA